UCCGUGGUACAGUACUCUGCAGUGCCCCGCGUGGAGUUGAGUUUUGCUGAUUUUGCCAACGAGAUGACAGACGUUAACCGGACCAUCGCGGGCAUCGUCCUGAUGGAGAGCAUCACCCUCACGGCCUACGCCAUCAACUUCGUGAUCGACAACGUUUUCCAACCGAGCGCGGGAGCCAGGGACGAUGCGGCCAAGCUGCUCAUCGUCAUCACUGACGGCAAGAGGUCCCCCGGGGACUUGGACCUGACCGCGGUCAUCGCCAAAGCCCAGAAGGCCCAGAUCAUCCGCUGUGCUAUCGGGGUAGGCAAUGACUUCGCCAACGGGAGUGAGGCUGAGGCUGAGCUGAGGAACAUCGCCUCAACCCCCGAGUACCUCAUCAAAGUCCAGCGCUACGACGACCUCCACAACAUCUUCGAGGGAAUGAAGGCCAAGAUCUACAACAUCAAGGGGACCCAAGGGUCGUCCAAUGAGAGUUCAUUCGAGAUGGAGAUGGCUCAGUCUGGUUUUAGUGUUCGGGUCACCGAGGAGUGUGAGUGGGAUUGUGUGUUCACCCUGAGUGAUAACCCAUCUGCAGGCCAGCGUUGGUACCCAGUGACUGGGUCGGAAAGGUGCUGUGACAAACAGCUGUGGACCAAGAUAGACCUGAGCAGACAGAAGUCGAUCACCCCGGCCAUGCUGAGUGGGAUCAUCAGGAGACAGCCGGUGACCCUGGACCUCAGCUGGACCAGUAUCUCCAAGAAGCAGCUCAUGUGGCUCAUUAACCGGCUGCAGGGCCUGAAGGAGCUGAUCCUGUCAGGAUGUUCCUGGUCCUCGGUGUCCGCCCUGUGCUCUGCCAGCUGUUCCAGCCUGAGGCUCCUCGAUCUCCGCUGGGUGGAGGACAUGAAGGACUCGCACCUCCGUGAGCUCAUCUCCCCUCCGAGUGACACUCGGCCAGGUCAGAACGAGCACCGGGGGCGAUUGCCGAGCCUGUCGGAGCUGCGGCUCUCCGGCCUGGACAUCAACGACUCCUCCCUGCGGCUGCUGGUGCGCCACCUUCCCCAGUUGAGCAGCCUGGACCUGAGUCACUGCCCGCACGUGGGAGACCAGUCCGUCAACGUCCUGACUGCGGCCAACUCCCAACUCCGAGAUAAUCUCACCGCGAUCAACCUGUCAGGCUGUAACUGUGUGACUGACCAGUGCCUGGUGCUGUUCCACCGUUGCCCGCGCCUGGCGCUGCUGGACCUGCGUUGCUGCAAGCUGGUCACGCUGGAAGCGUGCCAGCACUUCGCCAAGGACUGCUCGCCCAGCCCCUCCUUCCACUGCUCCCCGGACAAACUCCUACUGAGGGACAGCUAACCCCACAGUGAGGGGGCACCGAGACGCCCCCUGUCGGUGCCGUCAGGAGGUGGGAGGGGGACCUGGGCCGGGGAAGGCAGCGGAACACGCCCUCACUGCGAGUGUGUGCAACAAACAUUGACCCCCCUUCUCCACCUCACUCGUCCCGGGCCUCAAACUGACCGUGUUCGGUCUCGCUGGACGAAUCUUUUUACUCUUCAAACCGUUGUAAUUCCUUGCUCUAUCCCCUUUUCCGAAUGCCCGUCCCCACCUCUCCCCCCUCACCCUCUCCCCGUCGUUGUUGAUGUUCUUGCUCGGAAACUGUGCGGCCGCUCGCCCCCGAGCCACUUGUGAAAUGUACGGACAAAGGGGGGUGGAGGGAGCCGUGCAGGGUGGGACGCGGGCACACACGCACCCUCCCACCCCGGCCCCCCGACCCGCAGCGGGGAGGUACCCAAUAAACGUGAACCCAGCUCCCUGCCAA